AUGUUACAAGACAAGUACAUUGAUAAUAAUGAAAAAUAUAAUAAAUAUAGAAUAUAUAAUUAUUGUAGAAAUUAUAUAAACGAUAUAAAAAAUAAAUACAUGGGUUUCUCAAACACAUAUAAAAAUAAUAGCCCCAAUAGGUAUUAUUAUGAGUCCAGGAGAAAUAAUAACUAUUACAGAUAUAAUAAUAAUAAUUAUAAUGCAUACAAUAAUAAUACCAAUAAUAAUAGUAGUAACAAUAAUGGGUAUAAAUUAUUAAGACAUAAAAGAUAUAGAAGCUAUAGAAGUUACAGAAGUUUAAGUAAUUCGAAGCAUAAAACGAGGUUUGUAAAAAAAUAUAAAAAUUAUGAUGAGGAAGAAAAUAUAAGAGAAUAUAAAAAUUGGAAAAAGCGUAGUUAUUCUUCUAUGAAAAGAAUAUAUGAUAAGAAUCAGAGACAUCAUAAUAAAGUAUAUAUAGAAUCAGGAUAUAAUAAUGAAGAUCAUAAAAAUAAGUAUGUAAAAAAUUAUAAUUUGUCUAGAAAAAAAAAUUAUUAUUCUUAUAAGAAGAGAAUAUAUAGUGGUAGAAGAAAUUAUGACACUCAUUUUGGACAAGGGAAUAUUUUUUAUAAUAACGAAUAUUACUUGUUUAAUGAUGGAGCAACUUUAAAGAAAAAGAAAAUAUAUCAUGGUAGGAGUAGUUUCAGAAGUAAAUUGCAAAGCCAGGAAAUGUACGUAGACAGAAUAUAUAACAAAAGAAGAUAUUUUAGUCGAAAUAAUAGAUAUACUGUUAACAAUAAUACAAUAAGAAGUAGAGCAGAAACUAGUUAUAAGGACAAGAAUCGAUUAGGUAAAUCACAAAUUCAUAGAAAUAGUAUCACCACUCAUGAUGAUGGUUCAAGAAAAUCGGAUGGGAAUUAUGAAAGGAAAGAAUUUGAAGAAGAUGAGGAAGAGGAAGGAGAACUGGAAGAAUUAGAAGGAACAGAAAGAGAAAGAGGAGGAGCAGUAGUAGGUGGAGGAAACAACGAACGAGGAUGUAGACACAUUGGAUAUAAAGAUAAAAUAAACAGAAGUUCCGGUGUAUCAUUUAAUAAUAAAUUUCAUAGAAAUAAAAAAAGGGGGCACUUCAGUAAUAGGCGUAGUAGAGGUUACAGUGGCAAUAGUAGUAGAAGAAGCAGCAUACGCGGAAAAGGCUCAAGCAUGUCUCUAAGGAGAGAUAGUUAUUAUACCUAUUCGCAAAGAAAAAGACAACAUAUAGAUAAAUAUAGUGAUUCUUAUAAAAAAACGAUAUCAAGAGAAUCAUCUGAUAUAUAUUGUAGAAGAAAAAAUGUGAAUAAGAGGAAUAGAACGAAAGUUUCCUAUACAGAAGAUAUAAAGAAAAAAAAGAAAAAGAAAAAAGAAAAUAAUGACUCAGAUGAUGAAAUUGUUCAUUUUAGUUGGAAAAAAGGAAUGAUAUUAAAUGAAUGUUAUAUUGUUAUACGUAAAAUGGGGGAUGGAACUUUUGGAAGAGUUUUGCUCUGUCAACAUUUAGAUACGAAAAAAUAUUAUGCAGUGAAAGUUAUUAGAAAUAUAAAAAAAUAUACGAAAUCUGCAAAAAUAGAAGCAGACAUUUUGAAAAAAAUUCAAAAUGAUGAUAUUAAAAAUAAUAAUAUUGUAAAAUAUCAUGGUAAGUUUAUGUAUUAUGAUCACAUGUGUUUAAUUUUUGAGCCUUUGGGUCCAUCAUUAUAUGAAAUUAUAACAAAAAAUAAUUACAAUGGUUUUCAUAUAGAGGACAUUAAACUGUAUUGUAUAGAAAUUUUGAAGGCAUUAAAUUAUCUUCGGAAAUUAUCUUUAACACAUACGGAUUUGAAGCCGGAAAAUAUUUUAUUAGAUGAUCCUUAUUUUGAAAAAACAUUAACAACAGUCAGAAGAGUUACUGAUGGAAGGAAAGUACAAAUUUACAGAACUAAGUCGACAGGUAUUAAAUUAAUUGACUUUGGCUGUGCAACUUUUAAAAGUGAUUAUCAUGGUUCUAUAAUUAAUACAAGACAAUACAGAGCUCCUGAAGUUAUUUUAAAUUUAGGAUGGGAUGUAUCUAGUGAUAUGUGGAGUUUUGGCUGUGUAUUGGCUGAACUUUAUACGGGUUCCUUAUUAUUUAGAACCCAUGAACAUUUAGAACAUUUAGCUAUGAUGGAAAGUAUUAUUCAUCCAAUACCCAAAAAAAUGCUAUACGAAGCUGCAAAAACUAAUGGAUCAAAAUAUAUAAAUAAGGAUCAAUUAAGAUUAGCUUGGCCAGAAAAUGCAUCCAGUAUAAAUUCUGUUAAGCAUGUUAAGAGGUGUUUACCAUUGUACAAAAUUAUUAAACAUGAUUUAUUUUGUGAUUUCUUAUAUAAUAUAUUGCAAAUUGAUCCAGCUCUUAGAUCUUCCCCUUCCGAAUUAUUAAAGCACAAAUUUCUUGAACAAAAUUAUGAGUAUUUUUAA